AUGUUCGUUCUGGCCUUCCUCACGUUCACUACUAUCGUCGGCGCCCAGGACCCGCCCUUUGUUAACGACGUCACUCCAUCUAGUAAUCUCCCUGAGUGGGACGACUAUUGCAAGUACAAGAACGGUCCUGAGAGCUACUGCAAGUACGAGCUUGAGCCGAUGCUCUGCCAAGGAGGGGACCAACCGUGUGGUGAUGGUCCCGUUCCCCCUGUUGAGAUUACUACUAUUACUUUGGUGUCAACCCCUUCCACAGAAGCCCCUUCCAGUACGACUAUGAGUUCUUCGUCUAUUGCGACUGGCGGUAACGAUCAACGCUAUGCUUGUGAUGCAUACUGUCAGAGUGUGAAUGAUAUCAACUCCUACUGCAAAUGGUGGUUCCAAGAACCUGUGUGUAAAGGUGGCGAUCAGCCAUGCGGUUCCCCCAGCAUCUGCAAUGGUGACUCGCCCGUCUCCACUACUCCGUUGACGCCCGAGAUUGAGUCGUUGCCUCCCGUGGAUUCUCCUUCCGAUGGUUUACACCACUCUGAAUGCGAUUACAUGUGUAAGAGUUUGAAUAACGUCAUGUCCUAUUGCAAGUGGUGGAUGGACGUCCCAGUUUGUCAUGGUGGUGACCAGCCUUGCGGUGACGUCAACGAGUGCACCUCUCAGGAGUGGCCCGAGCCGAAGACCCCCACCCCUGCUCCAGGUGCCCAUCCUGGUCCCUCCAGAGAGUGUGAUGCCUUCUGUGCUGGUCUCAAUGACGAGGGCUCAUAUUGUAAAUGGUGGAAGGCUGUCGCCGUGUGUAAAGGCGGUGACCAGCCAUGUGGUGUUGGGGAUUGCGCUUCGAAUACCCAAUAUAUAUCUGUUGAUACACCCAUGACAGUCUCCCCAAGCCAAGGGGACGGUGAUCGCCACAGCGCCCCAAACGUCAAGUGUGAUGCUUACUGUAUUGAUCAGAAUCCUGGCCUGUCUGAGGAUAAGCCAACCUACUGUAAAUGGUGGCUAACAGCGGCCGUAUGCAAGCACGGGGAUCAGCCCUGUAGUCCGAGUAUAUGCGACACCGAUGCUCCGUUGAGUGAUGGUGCUCGCUGA